GUCGCCUGCUAGCGGGCGGGGGUGGCUUGUGAGGGCGCCGCGGCCGGUUCAUGGCGCGGGCGGUACCGGCCUCUGCAGGUGACGGAGGCGCAGCGAGGGCCGCCCCGGCGUAGAGUUCCAAAAGAUGAGUCGUGGAUAUUCAGAAAACAACAAUUUCCUAAACAAUAACAACCAAAUGGUGUUGGACAUGAUCCUUUACCCAUUAAUUGGAAUCCACCAGACCAUCAACUGGGAAUCAGUGGCAAGGCUUGUGCCUGGAUUAACACCCAAAGAGUGUGCAAAGAGGUUUGAUGAACUGAAGAACAGUGGAAGCUCACCUGUGGACAACCACUAUAGUCCCCUCAUGGCUGCUGGAGAGAGUCCUGUUGAAACUUUAGCCACGUAUAUCAAAUCCUCACUUCUUGGCACACAAAGAGAAUUUCAGGAGACUCCAGUUGGUCAGGAUGCAGUUUCUAAAACAGGAAGACAUAGUAUAGCUUCCACAAGGAAUUGUUCUUCAGAAAGUGAAAAUUGUACUACUCAUAAUGGUGGAGAAAAGACUGAAGAAUCUGAAGGGCCAAACAUGGUGAUCCAUGUAUGUGAUGAAGCAAAAAACUUGAAAGAAGAUUUUAUUUGCCCACGAGAUCUUUUGAUAUCAGAAAUGAAGUACUUUGCUGAAUAUUUAUCUGUGGACGCCCAGCGCUGGGAAGAGGUGGACAUUUCAGUUCAUUGUGACGUUCACAUUUUCAACUGGUUGAUAAAAUAUGUUAAAAGGAACACUGAGGAGAAUAAAGAUUGUGAGAUGCCCACUUUAGAGCCAGGAAAUGUCAUUUCAAUUCUUAUUUCUUCAGAAUUUUUGAAAAUGGAUUCGUUAGUUGAACAGUGUAUUCAGUAUUGCCACAAAAAUAUGAAUGCCAUAGUAGCUACCCCAUGCAACAUGAAUUGUAUUAAUGCAAAUCUUCUUACACGUAUAGCUGAUCUAUUCACACACAGUGAAGUUGAUGAUUUAAAGGACAAGAAAGAUAAGUUUAGGAGUAAACUUUUUUGUAAGAAGAUUGAGAGACUAUUUGAUCCUGAGUACUUGAAUCCAGAUUCUCAGAAUAAUGCAGCAACAUUAUACAGAUGCUGUUUGUGUAAGAAACUUUUAACAAAAGAAACAGAAAGAAGAAUUCCUUGCAUUCCUGGAAAAAUCAAUGUGGAUCAACAUGGAAAUAUUAUCUACAUUCAUAUAAGAGAUAAGACUUGGGAUGUUCAUGAGUAUUUGAAUAGUCUUUCUGAAGAAUUAAAAUCUUGGAGAGAUGUAUAUUGGCGCUUGUGGGGAACAGUCAACUGGCUAACUUGUUCAAGAUGUUAUCAGGCUUUUCUGUGUAUAGAGUUUUCACAUUGUCAGUAUCACUCAGAAACAGUGAUUUAUCCUACUGCAGGAAGUUCGCUAAGUUCUGUUGGCACUGGAAUCUACCCCUGCUGUAACCAAAAGGUUCUUCGGUUUGACCCCACUCAGCUUACAAAGGGUUGUAAAGUGAAGGACCACAUGGUUGCUCUUCGUGAUCAAGGUGAAGGUGAAGAUUUGCUGUCCUGCCCAACUGCCAGAAUACUGGAUGAUCUGCAGAAACACAAAGAUGUCAUUCUUGUGCCUUUUGCUAAAGAUACAGUCAGUGAUUCUGGUGGUCCCUGUGAUGAAAAGGGUCUAGACUGUGAUGUUUUACUGGAGCCAAAUACACCAUGGGGCCCCAAGAGUGGGGAGCUCAAUGCUUUCUUAUCACUGAAAAACUGGACACUGCAGCUGAAACAACAGUCAUUAUUUUCAGAAGAAGAAGAAUAUACCACUGGGUCCGAGGUCACUGAAGAUGAAGUUGGAGAUGAAGAAGAAGUAUCCAAGAAACAAAGGAAAAAGGAGAAGCCAAAGAAAUUCACUAAACAACCAAAAAAGCAGAUGUCUUCACCCUGUGGUCAGAAGAAAGAAAAGGCAUUGGAGAAGUCAACUUCUAGAGAUGUGUCUCCUUUCAUUAGUGUGAGUAUGCAGAAGAAUAAGUGGGAUGCCACAAGAUCCUUGAGAUUCAACCAAGAUGCACAAAGAGAAGAUGAUCAACGGCGGAUGUCUGAAAUUACAGGGCACCUAAUAAAGAUGAGAUUGGGUGAUCUGGACCGAGUCAAGUCAAAGGAAGCAAAAGAAUUUGCAGGAGGUAUUUAUUCUAGGAUCGAAGCACAAAUCAAGGCCUCAGUGCCAGUCAAUGCACGGCAAAGCAGCUCAGAGAAAAACACAAGGUCUAAAAGUCGUUUUGGUCAAGGUCGGCCUGCGUAAAGCACCUUAAAAUAUAAGAAGACAGAAGACUCACCGCUGGACAUCUGAAAUUGCUUAUCACUUCUUGAAGGUCUUCAGAACGAUGACUUCUAAAUGUUUUAAGUUAUUUAUUAAUUAUUCUUGCAAGCCACAUAAAUCGUAGUGCUAAGAGAUAUAUAUAGUUAGGUCUUAUGAAAUCUAAUUGUAAAUAUGAAACUUCUUAAACCUAAUUUUCCUUUGGUGUGAUGCUAGGCUAUGUAGAAAAUUAGUAUUUACAAAUUUGCAUAGUUAAGGCUCCUAGUAUUUGUUAUCCUUUAUUUAUUUGAAAGAGAAGAGGUCUACACUCUCAAGUAGCUAAGAGUUUUUUAAGACCUUAAAAAUUAGGGGAACACAGCUGGUAGUGGUAUGGUACAUGUGCACUAAUUAUAGUAUGUCUUUUGGGCUGUAAAUCUUGGGAUAGCACUGAGAACUGCAAUUUGUGUGAUGAAAUUUCCAGUGAUGCUAAUUUUAAGUUUGCAUGACUAUUAAGGAGUUACAGAUCUCAAGACUGCAUUAAAUAAAUUUUCAAGAUGAAGUAGUUCCUGGGUUGGGCAGAAGCCUUAAUUUUUUUCAGCAUUAUUCCAUAGAAAGCACAAUGUUAAUCCAACUCUUUUUUUUUUUUUUUAGUUGUGUUUUUUUGUUGUUGGUUUGGGUUUUUUUUAGUUUUUAGUGCUUAUUAUUGGUCAUCUGAGCUGGAAUUACUGAUUAUUACCUCUUUCUUCUGUGAAGCUAAUGCCAUUCUGAAUUUGUUAAAAUAACCAUUGAUAAUUUUAAGGCUAGUAAAUCAUUUCAGUUGUAUGAGACACCCACUGUACAGUUCUCAGGGCACUAAAACUCAACCAUAUUUCUAUAGCUAUUCGAAUAGCCCCUUAAAACAGUUAUAAUUAGUUAUUACUUUAGAGAUGUCUAGAAGGAAAGAUUCCCAAAUACAUUUGAUGGAUGAAAAAUUGCAUAUAUUUAAGAAAAAUCAAAAUCAAAUUCUAUUCUAUAGAUCAUGUUUUAAUUUUCUAACCAAGCAGAAAGAGUGCUCAGGGAAAAUUUGUUCCAAACCAUAAGCAUAUAAAAAUUAUGCGUUUGGAAAUUACUUAUAUGUAGGUCUCUGAAAAACUUUAAGAUGCACUGUUUCUAUUUUUAGUCUUCCUUUGCCUUAUAAUUGAAAUUUCUUCAGAUUAGAGAACAGACUUUAAUAGUGUAUGACAGAACAGCAAUUUCUAUUGAAAUGUCCAAGUGUUACACUCAGUUUAGACGUACAGAAAUCAUUAUUUUUAAUGAGUGUUUUAGUUGGUAAAUGAAGCUGGAUUUUAUUUGAUGUUAUAUGUAUGGCUUCGCCAAGAUUUUUGAACUUCUGUUUGGAAAUUUUGUUGCAGUCGAUAUAUUUUUCAAUUGUUUGAUAUUUUUGAAACAGAUUAUAAAAUUUUUAUUUUCAAAAGAAAAUGUUUUAUACUACAUGUUCUGUACACCCUGUUAAAUACCAGCGUCUUGUUUAGUUUACUCUGAUCAAAAGGGUUUAGGUUUGUACAUGUUCUACAGUGCUGUGACGGUCACAAUUAAGAGAGGAAAAUAUGCUCAUUUGAUUUUUAACUGAUGGUAACAAGGCAAAUUACUUCUCCCCUGGGGGGGACUGUACCGCUGAAUUUUUACAAACAGAAUUUAUCAGAAUUUGAUUUUCUUCAGAAUGUGCUUUUAAUUUUGUGGACGUCUGUAAUUCAUAGCACAGGUACCACAAACAUUUUAAUCAAGCUCGUAAUAGCAUUUGUUUUGCCAAAUACU